GUAUCAUUUUCAACUAGGCUCUCCAAGCAUGGCCGCUGAUAGAAAAGAGGACAUGUUGGCAUGGUCACGCAGGAGGAGGACUCCACACAGACCCGAAAGAAGGGUUAAAAGAUGUUGAUACUCGGAAAAUCAUAAAAGCAAUGCUUUCUUAUGUGUGGCCCAAAGACAGGCCAGAUCUACGAGCUAGGGUUGCCAUUUCCCUGGGAUUUUUGGGCUGCGCAAAGGCCAUGAAUAUUGUGGUUCCUUUCAUGUUUAAAUAUGCUGUAGACAACCUCAACCAGAUGUCAGGAAAUAUGCUGAACCUGAGUGAUGCACCAAAUACAGUUGCAACCAUGGCAACGGCAGUUCUGAUUGGCUAUGGUGUAUCAAGAGCUGGAGCUGCCUUUUUUAAUGAAGUUCGUAAUGCAGUAUUUGGCAAGGUAGCCCAAAAUUCAAUACGAAGAAUAGCCAAAAAUGUCUUUCUCCAUCUUCACAACCUGGAUCUGGCUUUCCACCUCAGCAGACAGACCGGAGCUUUAUCAAAGGCUAUCGACAGAGGGACAAGGGGUAUCAGUUUUGUUCUGAGUGCUUUAGUAUUUAAUCUUCUUCCCAUUAUGUUUGAGGUCACUCUUGUCAGCGGUAUUUUGUAUUACAAAUGUGGUGCCCAGUUUGCAUUGGUGACUCUUGGGACACUUGGUGCAUACACAGCAUUCACAGUUGCCAUCACCCGGUGGAGAACUAGAUUUAGAAUAGAAAUGAACAAAGCUGAUAAUGAUGCAGGUAAUGCUGCCAUAGAUUCGCUGCUGAAUUAUGAAACUGUGAAGUAUUUUAAUAAUGAAAACUAUGAAGCACAAAGAUAUGAUGGAUUUUUGAAGACAUAUGAGACUGCUUCAUUGAAAAGUACCUCUACUCUGGCUAUGCUGAACUUUGGUCAAAGUGCUAUUUUCAGUGUUGGUUUAACAGCUAUAAUGGUGCUUGCCAGUCAGGGAAUUGUGGCAGGUACCCUUACCGUUGGAGAUCUAGUAAUGGUGAAUGGACUGCUUUUUCAGCUUUCAUUACCCUUGAACUUUCUGGGAACUGUAUAUAGAGAAACUAGACAAGCACUCAUAGAUAUGAAUACCUUGUUUACAUUACUCAAGGUAGACUCCCGAAUUAAAGACAAAGCGAUGGCAUCUCCCCUUCAGAUCACACCACAGACAGCUACGGUGGCCUUUGAUAAUGUGCAUUUUGAAUACAUUGAGGGGCAGAAAGUUCUUAGUGGAAUAUCUUUUGAAGUCCCUGCAGGAAAGAAAGUGGCCAUUGUAGGAGGUAGUGGGUCAGGGAAAAGCACAAUAGUGAGGCUGUUGUUUCGCUUCUAUGAGCCUCAAAAGGGUAACAUUUACCUUGCUGGUCAAAAUAUACAAGAUGUGAGUCUGGAGAGCCUUCGGAGAGCAGUGGGAGUAGUGCCUCAGGAUGCUGUCCUCUUCCAUAAUACCAUUUACUACAACCUGUUAUAUGGAAACAUCAGAGCUUCACCUGAGGAUGUGUAUGCAGUGGCAAAAUUAGCUGGACUCCAUGAUGCAAUUCUUCGAAUGCCCCAUGGAUAUGACACCCAAGUAGGGGAACGAGGACUCAAGCUUUCAGGGGGAGAGAAGCAAAGAGUAGCAAUUGCAAGAGCCAUUUUGAAGGACCCUCAAGUUAUUCUCUAUGAUGAAGCCACUUCAUCAUUAGAUUCAAUUACUGAAGAGACAAUUCUUGGUGCCAUGAGAGAUGCAGUCAAACACAGAACUUCUAUUUUCAUUGCACACAGAUUAUCAACAGUAGUUGAUGCAGAUGAAAUCAUAGUCUUGGACAAGGGUAAAGUAGCUGAACGUGGUACCCAUCAUGGUUUGCUUGCUAAUCCUAGCAGUAUCUAUUCAGAAAUGUGGCAUACACAGAGCAGCCAUGUGCAGAACCUUGGUAACUCCAAAUGGCAUGCAAAGAAAGAAAAUGUAUCCAAAGAGGAGGAAAGGAAGAGACUACAAGAAGAAAUUGUGAACAGUGUGAAAGGCUGUGGAAACUGUUCCUGCUAAGUCACAUGAGACAUUUCCUUUUAUUUUUAUUUUUUGACUAUACAUUUGCACUGAAGCAAAAUUGUUUCAUUAAAAAAUUAUAUAUUCCCAUU